AUGCCAUGCCAGGCAUACCUUGAUCCGUGGCAGCUUCCUUUUGCUCACUGGAAGCGCUCACUCGGCACGAGGAACAUCCAGAAGGCCAAAGAGACAGCACGACGGCAUCGGCAACGAAGUGUGUGCCGCCAUGCUAUGCCGGAGCUGCAAUCUGUGGCGGAGUCUGCAUGGCAAGGAUACGAAAGCUUGCUGGAUUCGCAGGGUCUGGCCACUGAUGUCGCCACGGCUGCCGUGCUGAACUCUGCUUCUGACGUGGUGGCGCAGCUGUCAGAGAUGCAAAGAGAGGAUGGCCGUGUCAUUCGUGCAGAACGAGCUUUGCGAUAUGCAGCAUUUGGUUCAAUGGAUGGCUGUGCUGGUCACUACUGGUUCACUUUCCUAGAUACUAUGCUGCCAAGAUCUGGCGAUGACGUCCUGGACACUGUGGCCAAGGUCUUGGCAGACUCCGCAGUAUAUACACCUUGCUGGUGUGUGGCAUUUCUUUUGGUCAUGGCAGUGUUGGAAGGACGAGGUCCGCAAGCAGGUGUGCUCGAGGUCCGCCGCGAUUUUUGGAGUCUUCUGAAGGGCAACUAUGGUAUCACGUUGCCCUUCGUUGCGUUGAUUUAUGGACUGGCACCCGUGAGGUAUCAAGUCGCCUGCUUCGCCGCGCUCACGCUGGCAUACACGAUCGUCCUUGGCUUGGAAGUGGGGGGACGCGAGAAAGGUGCAAGCAAGCAGAGGCAAAGAGUCAGCCAACAGUGCGAGUGCAAAUUAUUUCCGUAUCCGCUCAGCUUGGUGCUGCAGGUUCUGAGCUUGUGGGCCAGCGCGCGCGACCCAACAGUUGCGAUUCCGGCACAAAAUGGCCAGAAGCGGGCCGCGCUGGUGCGUCAUGAUUCCCAGACGCUGGUGCUGUCGUGCAACCACUAA